AUGCCGACCGAACUUGAAGAGCUGGUGGAAUUCCUGCACCAUGGCAACACCCAAAUUAGACAAAUCGCUUGCGAAACCCUCGUCGGCUUCUCCACAGCCCAGCCUGACUUGUUCAAGCGCCAUCAACUCCUACCCGUCCGCGAUUUGAAGCUUCUGGCCCGCGAUUACGAUCCAAUUGCGAAGAAUGCAUUGACCAUCCUGGUCAACUUGUCUGGCGAUGAUGAGGUGUUGAAACUUCUCGCCGAGGAUGACAAGUUUGUUGAGACCUUGCUUGUGAAAUUGACAAACCCCAAGGAGCCCAACGCCGAUGAAGUGGCCAUGCUUUUGGCCAAUCUCGUCAAAUCCGAAAAGCUACACAAUCUGUUCUCCCUCAAGCGCAAAGUCCCCGAAUCCGUAUCUACCUCCGAGAACGCGAUCGAUCAGGUGAUGGACUGCUUCGUGAAGGGCGCCGAGGGCGAUCUCAACAAGCACGCCAAUUAUGAUUACCUGUCGUACCUGUUUGCCGACCUGUCCCAGACGGAAAAGGGCAGGGCCUAUUUCACCCAACGCCAGGAGUACGAUGGCGUGGUUCCAAUCACCAAGCUGACGGUCUUCACGGAGCACCGAAGCGAUAUCCGGAGGAAGGGAGUUGCAUCCACAAUCAAGAACGUGGCUUUUGAGAUCGAGUCGCACCCAAUGCUCUUUGACGAGGACGGUGCCAACCUUUUGCCUUACCUGCUGCUCCCGCUUGCAGGUCCAGAGGAGCUGUCAGAAGAGGAUACUACGGACAUGCUGCCAGAUCUUCAGCUUUUGCCGCCCGAUAAGCAACGAGACAGCGACACCAGCAUCAUCACGACCCAUCUUGAGACCUUGCUUCUCCUGACCACAACUCGGGACGGCCGGGAAAAGAUGCGAGCUGUCAAGGUUUACCCUUUGAUCCGCGAGACUCAUAUGCAUGUUGAAGAUGAAAAUGUGACAGAAGCAUGUGACCGGUUAGUGCAGGUCCUGAUGCGAGACGAGGAAGAUGAAGGUGAAGGUGAAGGGGAGCCCGAACAACCUAAAAUCGAGCCGCCUCAGAACGAGGAUGAAAAGGUUGUAGAACUGUUUUAA